UGCUCUAGAAGAACAAGAAUCAGCAGAAAAAUGACUGAAGAACUGCAAUCCCUCGUUAGAAUUCAGCAAAUCAGUAACGAUUUUGUUCACAGCGAUGUUGACGAACAAAUGCUUUUCUCUGUUCCUUUUACUGGUUUUUUAUUUAAACUUACUAAAAGAAUAAUUUUUCUAAAUUUUAGCCAAUGUUAA